CACGGCUGGGCCCGGCCGCCGCGAUGCCCAGUCCCCGGAGGAACAUCGAGGGCCGCCCGCUGGGCGCCGCGGUCUCCAGCAGCAACAGCAGCCCGGGCAGCCCGGCCCACGGCAGUGGCGGCGGCGGGGGCAGCAGGUUCGAGUUCCAGUCCCUGCUGAGCAGCCGCCUCUCGGGCGCAGACCCCAGCUGCGCCCGGCUCCGCGCAUCCGAAAGCCCCGCGCCGCGCCGGGGCUCCUUCCCCUUGGCCGGCUCCGGCCCCCAGCCCGCGUCCUCGGCCUCGCUGCCCGACGAGGACCGCAUGGACCUGAACCCCUCUUUCCUGGCCAUCGCCCUGCGCUCCCUGCUGGCCAUCGACCUGUGGCUCUCCAAGAAGCUGGGCGUGUGCGCCGGGGAGAGUUCGUCCUGGGGCAACGUCAGACCCCUGAUGAAGCUGCUGGAGAUCUCGGGCCACGGCAUCCCCUGGCUGCUGGGCACCGUCUACUGCCUGUCGAGGAGCGACAGCUGGGCCGGGCGCGAGGUGCUGAUGAACCUGCUCUUCGCCUUGCUCUUGGACCUGCUGCUGGUAGGCCUGAUCAAGGGGCUGGUCCGAAGGCGCCGGCCCGCCCACAAUCAGAUGGACAUGUUCUUCACCGUCUCUGUGGACAAGUACUCUUUCCCCUCGGGCCAUGCCACUAGGGCUGCCAUGGUGUCCAGGUUCAUCCUGAACCAUCUGGUGCUGGCCAUUCCCUUGAGGGUGCUGGUGGUCCUGUGGGCUUUCAUUCUGGGCCUCUCCAGGGUCAUGCUGGGGCGACACAACGUCAGUGACGUGGCUUUUGGCUUUUUUCUGGGCUAUAUGAAUUACAGCCUUGUGGACUAUUGCUGGCUCUCACCACACAAUGCUGCGGUCCUCUUUGUGUUUUGGAACCAAGAAUGACACCAACUUUUUUCAUGAUGGCACCAGUACAUUUUCCAUAUAAGAUGAUGCCGACACAAACCAGCAUCCAUCGAGUUGGCCCCUCUUAAGACAGUUAAGGCACCUUUGGGGUUGGGAUUUUGGGGUGUCAUAACUACUUGAAAAAGAGAUCCCUCUUUAUUGUAUUCUAUUAGAUCCAUUAACUUUAUAUCUCUGUGAUGCUGCAAAGAAACCAAGCUGGGGGUGAUUAUAAUCUUUACUUUUUUUUUUUAAAACAGUUGACAUCAGUAAAAUUUGUGUUGUAGAAAUCCCAUAAAUCAAUAUAUGCUUAUAAAUUGAACUUUGAAAAAACAUUCUGUAAGUAUACAUGCAGAUGACCAUUAUUAAUCCUAUUCUCCCUGAAGUAGAUUUAAUAUUUUAAGUGCAAAGACAAAUGUUUCUCAAUUUAUUCCCUGACUAUCUAUUGCUACAUUAGAGGAUAUUUCUUAAUCCUGAUUUUCUUGGUUAGUUUGUCUUUUCCAUCUUUGCAGAUUGGGUGCAAAUAGAGAUUUGAGUAUUUGCCUUUUUUCCUUUGCCUCUUCAAAAGGCCUUUAAAUAUUUUUCAUUUCUCUCUAAUACAGUAUUUUAGCAUUUAGAAGCCAAAUCAAGAACUUAAUGAGGAAGCACUUACAAACUGGGCUUAUCUAGAAAAGAAAGUAUGGGACUGUGGCCUCCUGUCUAAGUCUGUUGACAAUUAAUAGCCUGGCUUGACAUGAAAGAAAAGCUAAGUCGCUAGAGAGGUCAAUAGAAAGGAAAGCAUAGUGGUUGUAAAACUGGUCCUUUGUAUCAAUGGACCAACAAGAAUGGAGAAGGGUCCUACUAUCUUUCAUUUCUACUGAAUAGUGUUUCCUCUAUUGAAGUAAUUGUAUGGGAAAAUACCAUGUGUCUUUGUGAUGUCAGAGUUUAAAUUAAUCUCAUAUUCCUAGAGGAUGGUCCUAUAUUUUAAUGUCUUUUCAUAUAGAAUUCUAUUUCCUAUAUAAAGCAAAGUUAGAGUCACUGUAUUUAACUUGAAAUUCAUCAGAGAA